CAGAGAAUCCGAACAACUAUUGUGUCGUCGUAUGGGCAAAGGAAAUGCAUACCUUCCCAUUGACGAGAUCAGUGUCUACACAAUCCCCAGAAUCCAAAGAAAACACUUGUUUCUGUUUCACUCCUACUUGUUUGAAGAAGAACGAUUCCGCGAAGUAACGAGCAGAGAGCUAGUGUUCGAAUUCAGUAGCGAACUCGAGAUUGUUGAAUGCGGUGCUCAGAUCUGGAAGGAUGAAUCCGAAAUAAACAACAAUUGUGGAUACCAAACUGCAAAUGGUAAACCAGGAUUCGGUGAGGAAGAAGAUGGCGGCAAUAACCAGCAGGAUACAUAUGAAUUCAGCAAAGCUUCUGAAGAAGACGAAGUUGACAGUACUGUGGACAGAGAAUGUGAAUCUGAAUCCGUCGAAGCAUACGAAGAGAUGAAUCCGGCAAAGCGCGCAAAGAGAUAAGCUUGGCAAAGCAUAAGAAACCAUAGACCACUUU